UCCUAUGUGAGCUUCCGUAGAAAUGUACUCUGUCGGCACUUGUACUUUCCAUUCGAAACGUUGACUCGAAUCAACUGCACGCUGUACUGUUUAUUAACUUUAACAUUUACGAGAUUACGAGAACAACGUUUUAGAUUUCAACAUGAAUGUCCAGCCAUCGAAUCCAAACAACCCAAUUGUGUUUUUUGACGUCACCAUCGGCGGGCAGGAUAUCGGAAGAUUGAAGAUUGAGUUGUUUGCAGAUGUUGUUCCAAAAACGGCAGAGAACUUUCGGCAGUUUUGCACGGGAGAGUUCAGGAAAGAUGGUGUCCCCGUCGGUUUCAAAGGCUGCACGUUCCACAGGGUGAUAAAGGACUUCAUGAUCCAGGGAGGAGACUUUGUUAAUGGGGAUGGAACUGGGGUGUGCAGCAUCUACAGAGGUCCUUUUGCAGAUUGAAAACUUCAAGAUGAAGCCACUUCCGCUCCAGGUCUCCUGGCUAUGGCUAACAGUGGGCCCGGUACUAAUGGAUGCCAGUUCUUCAUCACCUGCACAAAAUGUGAUUGGCUGGAUGGGAAGCACGUGGUGUUUGGCAAGGUGGUGGACGGACUGCUGGUCAUGAGGAAAAUCGAGAACGUUCCUACGGGCCCCAACAACAAGCCCAAGCUGCCCAUACUCGUAGCCCAGUGUGGGGAGAUGUAACCACCCCGGCGCCCUCCUGCCCUUCCUCCACCCCGGCGCCCUCCUGCCCUUCCUCCACCUGUUUGGACCGACUUCUUUUUCUACUCCGACUUCCUGCCCGUGUGUGGAAAUAUUUUUACUUACAAUAAUGAAAGUGUGUGUGUGUGUGUGCGUGUGUGUGUAUAUAUGUAAUCUUCAUGUUGUCCCCAAGAUGUCGAUGUUGACAUGAGUAGAAGUGGUGUGUGUAUGCUGGAGUGGGGAUGGAGGAUGUGGUGUGUAUGAGAGACC